AUGAACUGUAGUCCCAUUAUGAGUUCAGAUGACAAAAAAGAAACGGAAACAUCCAACGAAUGUGAUGAGGGCUUUCUACCUGAUGCGAAUCCUACUUUGGAAUCUCCGCGAUUCUCUAUAGCCAUGAAAAUGAAUCGGCAUGAUAAGGAUAAAGACACAUUGCUACCUCCUUCACCUCCAAAGUUUGUGUCAAUGAAUCAGCUUGCGGAAGCAGCUAAAGCAUUCUAUAAUAUGUCUUUAGCACAUGAAAUAACUGUGGAUUCUGAGUUUAGACUGGAAAAAUAUGAACCACAAGAAAAAAGUUUGGAAUAUUGUAUUAAAGAAACAAUGCAUAGAGCAUUUUGGGAUAUUUUACGAUCUAGUUUAGAUUGUGAUCCUCCAGACUAUGAACCAGCUUUACGCUUACUGGAAGAAGUUAAACAGUCAUUACAAAGUUUAGUUUUGCCUAAUCAAACAACAUUGAAAACACUUAUUGAAAAUCUUUUGGAUAUGGAUAUAGCUAAAUCUCAAUUAGAAGAAACUGGUUAUUUAAGUUUAGAAAUUUAUAAAAAUGAAGUAAUUAAUUUAAUGAAACAAUUUUGUGCUCCAAUACGUGAUCAAGAAGUUGAAGAUUUAAGAAAAAUCGAUGAUCCAAUUGAUGCAUUCAAAAAUGUCUUUAUUCUACUGGAUAAAAUGCAUAUGGAUUUGGCUAAUUUUACAAUUAAACAAAUGAGACCAUAUAUUCGUCAACAGGCUGUUACUUAUGAACGAACAAAAUUUGCUACAUUUUUAGAAGCUCAACAAAAACUUGGUAUUGAUGGCUUAGCUCAUACACGUGAUUGGAUUAAACAAGCACAUGAUAAUCUUCUUCAUGUAUCACAUCAACCAAUUAAUCAUGAGUGCCCCAAUGCAUCCAGUAAUAUCAGCACUAAUAAUAAGAACACUCCAGUGGAUCUUAAAAACACUUCAGAUAGUUGUUCUACCACAAGUAAUGAUACUAUCCCAUUGACACCGAAUAAUAUACUACGUGAAGCCUACUUGAAGUUAUUGACAUGGCCACGUGAUCGUGAUUGGCCUGAGACAAUGCUCAUGGAUCAGUAUCGCCUUAUAGAUUUAGGCAAUCAAUUAACUAUUAUUGUCAAUUUAACAUCUCUUGUUCUGGUUGUAUGUAAUUAUAUAGCAUCGAAUGUAUCAACAUUCACUACAACUGGAUUAUCUUCAUUAACUGCAACAAAACCUAUUUUAUCAAUUCCACUUGAAACUAGUUUACCACAUGAUGCAAUGAUACAGUUGAAAAAAUCUAUUUGUCAAGAUGUUGCACCAAUAUUACAUGGAAUCUCUUUAAAUUAUAAACCUGAUCAAUUAGUUGAUGAUAUAAUUGAACAAGUUAUAUUAACCAUUGAAUUAUGGUAUAAUCGAUGCAUACAAUCUUGUAAUUUAGUUACAUCAUCAUCAUCCUCAUCAUCAUCUAACUUAUCAACAUUAACUGAGCAUAAAUCAUUAUGUACAACUGCUUCUAUGACAGAUUAUGGACGUAAUGAAUUAAGCUUACAAUUGACUUCAGUUAUUAUCAGUGAACAUCCUGUUUAUAAACUUAUGUAUAAACGAGCUAUGGAUUUUCUACGCUCUGCAUUGUCAUCCUAUCCUCCUGAACCAUUACCUUUACCUCCAGGUUUCAGUGUUCUACUUGAUCUUGAUCAAGAUAAACUCAGUUCUUCCACCAACGAAAAUGGGACUACUGUUAAUUCUGUUGGUUAUUUACGAAAACCUCCAUUAAACAUCCCGACAACAAUGAUGUCAGGUGGUAGUAGUACCAGUACUGGAUUACUUUUUCAUUCUUCCCCUUCUAGUCCACAUAAAGAAUCAAUCAAUAGUUCUAAAACUUCUAAAUUUGAAAUAUUAAGUUUAUCCGAUUUAGCAAGUCGUCUUCUACCAUUAUUAGCUCAUAAUCGUCAUGUAUUUGGUUCAUAUUAUGCUGAAAUUAUUCAACCAUUACUUAUGCCGGAAAUUCAAAAACUUUCUAAUACUAAUAACGAAAAAUGA